GAACACAUGUUUUAUGUCUGAUGUGAGUUAUUUGAGAGAAGGAAUGAAGAGAGGAAAGACCGAGGCUCCUCGUGGACGUGGGGGGACGGAAACGAAGCUUCACUAGACUAAAACCAAUGUCAGAAGUGGGAUUCGAACCCACGCCUCCAGGGGAGACUGCGACCUGAACGCAGCGCCUUAGACCGCUCGGCCAUCCUGACACGUCUGACUGAGACAGGGAGGAAGACUCUGUGGACAUGAAGACUCUGUGGAUGUGAAGACUCCGUGGACACGAAGACUCUGCGGACGUAAAUACUCCAUGGAUGUGAAGACUCGGUGGAUGUGAAGAGUCUGUGGACACGAAGACUCUGUGGGCGUGAAGACUCUGUGGACACGAAGACCCUGUCUUUGUGACUGUGAAUAUGAUGGAGCUGGUGGUUUAAUCCCUUUCAGACAUAAUCCUCUUACAUCAUGAGGUCCAGAGUGUUCGGACGGCGUCCUCGGGGACCAGGACAACCUCCCGGUUCCUCAUCAGAUCCGGAUCAGUAACAUCACAUGUGAUUCGUUUAAGAUCAGCUGGGAGAUGGAGGGACGAGGCCGGGACAGGAUCACACAUUACUUCAUCGACCUCAACAAGAAGGAGAACAAGAGCUCCAACAAGUUCAAGCACAAGGACGUCCCGACUAAGCUGGUGGCGAAGGCGGUGCCGCUGCCGAUGACGGUGCGAGGCCACUGGUUCCUGAGCCCUCGUACGGAGUACACGCUGUCGGUGCAGACGGCCACGAAGCAGCCGGACGGACGCUACGCUGUGUCUCAGUGGAGCGAGAUCACCGAGUUCUGCACGGCAGACUACUCCACCCUCCACCUCAACCAGCUGCUGCACAAAGCCGAGGCCAUGGCCGGGAGGAUGCUGCCGUUCUCCGUCUUCUACAGGAACCAGGAGAAGGAAUAUUUCCAGCAGGACAGCCCCUCGUAUCGCUCCAGAGACGCUCAGUGUCGCCUCAUGUUGCCCUCGGUGAAGGACGACAGCGGCAGCCACGGUUCGCCCAUCAGCGGGAAGCUGGAGGGAAUCUUCUUCAGCUGCAACACAGAGUUCAACACGGGGAAGCCGCCCCAGGACUCUCCAUACGGGCCCUACCGCUUCCAGAUUCAGGCCGAGCUCCUCUUCAACCAGAAAACCAACCUCUACUUCGGGGAUUUCUACUGCAUGUACACGUCGUACCACUACGUCAUCCUGGUCCUGGCUCCUGACGGCUCCAAAGGAGACGCCUUCUGUAAAGGGAGGCUCCCGGCCCUGGACCGGUCCAACAACUGCUUCCUGACCUGCACGGAGGAGGAGGAGGAGGAGGAGGAGGAGCAGGGAGGAGGGGGAGGAGGUGGAGGGGGGUCGCUGUGUUUCCGUCACGCUCAGGACGUCAUCCUGGAGGUGAUCUACACGGAGUCCGUGGAUCUGUCUCUGGGCUCCAUAUCACAGAUCAGUGGACACCAGCUCAUGAGUCUGUCCACUCUGAACGCCAAGAAGGACCCCAGCUGUAAGAUCUGCAACAUCAGCGUGGGACGUUAGCGUUAGCGUCCUAGCCGACAGCUAAUAACUGAAUUCACCUCCUGCUCCCUGAGGAGGUCAGGAGGAGGCCGGGGUGGACGGAUGGGUCCAGAAAACCUCUGGACAGGAACACGUUCCUUUUCUUUUUGUUUCUAUUAACUUUAUUAUUAACUUCUCUUAUUUUUUUAACCACAACGAUGAAAACAGAGUAUUUAUUUUUAACCCUUAUGAUUUUUUUUAUGCUUUAGCUGCAAAAGCUCAUCAUGAGAAGGGUCAUGAUCCUGCACGUUGGAUCAUUGCUGAACUAGCAGAACGUAGAACAGUUAUUGGAUCAAUGUGUUUCAGAUUGUGGCCUUAAGAUGAGAGAAGAAACCUGCUGCAAAUAACACAACACGUUUUAACAGUGAGUCACGUUUAAUGAACCAAUCAGAGACUUACUUCUUACAUCUCUUCAUAAUAAACGACUCAAAACAUUAAAAGAAAAUACACAAAGAGAAUCCAAAUAAACGCAUGAAACUAAAUAUUGGACUAAAAUGAGCCGGUAUUAUACUGUGUGAAGCUUCACACGUUUCAUCAUGUUUAUGGAAACACCUCUGAACACAUGGGACUCGAAUUUGAAAUGAACUUGUAAUCGUAGAGGUACAACUCCUAAAUACGUUUCCUUUCCUCAAUGCACCAGUCUAAUAUUCUUUGUCUGUUUUCAGGAUGUUUAACAACAUUUUUUUUUUUUGAAGAAAUAUAGAAAACGUGGAGGGAUGCAGCAAAGCGGCGCCUAAAGAUGAGUUGGAUGUUGGGUUUUCAAGUCAAUCACUGUAGCGAAGACGGGAUUCAACACAAAGAACAAUGAAACCACACAAAGUAUAAAUAAAAUACAC